ACUAUACGUAACAGAGAGAGAAAGCAUUGAAGUACCCUUAAGUCUGCUCUCUCAGAUAUAGAGAGAGAAACAAGUGUGUAUAGUGUAUGAAUUAGUUUGCCUUCCUAUUUUAUUUAUUGGCAAAAUUUGCAUGACAUUCUGUUAAAUAAAGAACCCAAAAAGCUCACCUUUUUUGCUCUGCUUUCCCUUCCAUUUCUCAUCACUCUUUCAGGUAUAGCUUAAGGAAGAGCUUAGUUAUAGUAACAUUGACCAUGUUUCGUCGCAAGAACCAGUCUCAUAAUGAACAGCAGGAGGGUGAGGAUCAGCAGCAUAAGGUUAAGGAGCUUAGGGUUUCCCUGGGGCAACUCUCAGGCCGCAGCGCACAGUACUGCACCGAUGCAUGUUUAAAAAGGUAUUUGGAAGCACGGAACUGGAAUGUAGAUAAAUCAAAGAAGAUGUUGGAGGAGACGCUUAAAUGGAGGUCAUCUUUUAAACCUGAAGAAAUUCGCUGGCAUGAAGUAGCAAAUGAAGGUGAGACCGGGAAGGUGUAUAAAGCAAAUUUUCAUGACCGCUAUGGAAGGACCGUCCUAAUAUUGCGACCAGGAAUGCAGAACACAUCAGCACUAGACAACCAGAUGAAGCAUUUGGUGUAUCUGAUUGAGAAUGCCAUUUUUAAUCUGCCCGAAGGUCAAGAACAGAUGGCCUGGUUAAUUGACUUCACUGGAUGGUCCAUAACCAAUAAUGUUCCCGUAAAAUCUGCUCGCGAGACAAUCAAUAUUUUGCAAAAUCACUACCCUGAGAGACUCGCUGUAGCAUUUUUGUACAGCCCACCGCGAAUUUUUGAAGCAUUUUGGAAGAUUGUCAAAUACUUUAUGGAUCCCAAAACAGCUCAGAAGGUCAAGUUUGUCUAUCCAAAGAACAAGGAUAGUGUGGAACUGAUGAAGUCAUACUUCGACAUGGAUAAUCUUGCUACUGAGUUUGGAGGAACAGCAACCCUGAAUUAUGAUCACGAGGAGUUCUCAAGGCAAAUGGCUCAAGAUGAUGUGAAAGUUGCCAAGUUUUGGGGUUUGGACAAACACACCCCUGGUUUUAACGGUUAUUCUGCAGUAGAGGUUGCUCCAGAACCUGAAGCUCUUGCUCUACCAGCCACUGCCAAAGCUUAAAUGUUUGGUGCACUGACAAAGUUCAGUCUUAUAUGCCUAACUAAGUUUAAAUAAAUAAUGAGGAAUGUGAGAUCAUGUUCUCAGAGUCUAGAACACUUUCUGAGGUUAUUUCAGAUAAACUUUAAUUGUAGGUUGUAUUUUUGCUUUAUAUGCAGAAAUCAAAAAGUACUAGCUUUUUAAAGCUUCA